UCACAUCAUCUCCCGCACAACAUGGAUAGCAACGAGUCGUUAGCGGUUGAUGUCCUGACGGAACAAAAUCUUUCCAUGACGAAAAGCGAUUGUACCAACGAGUUGCCCACCGUACAGGAAUAUCUCGAUGGAUUAACUCUUCCUAUCGCGUUGAUUAUUGCAACAACCGUCCUGCUGAGUAUUGCCGCCUUUAGCAUCUUCUUUAAGAAUGCUUACCACAUCCUGCAUCGAACACCGAAACAGUUCAAAACUAAAUCCAUACUUUUGCUGACAAUUUAUCCGCUCGUGACUCUGUUCGGUGUAGUAUCGAUUUCCGUGCCGCGUGCCUUCUUUCUGUGCGACACCGUCAUGCACGUUUACUUCAUGAUCUGUGCGUACGUGUUCUUUAGUUUGUGUAUGCAGUAUGUCGACGGAGAAGAUGCACUCAUUAAAUCGACCGAUUCACAAACCUUCUCUCUACGCACCCCACCGCUAUGUUGUUUUGUGCCCCUAUUCAAACGAGCUCCCGUGACAAAAAAUCGAUUACGCUUCGUGCGUAUGCUUAUUAUGCAGCUACCGGUCAUACAAACAGCUCUCUUCCUGGCUCUGAAUGUCGUGUUUGUUGAGGAUUAUCCCAACUUCAACCGCAUCAUCCUGUACUUUGUGCCAUUGAUCGUCAUCUCUAUUCUGCUCGGUGUGUGGGGAUUGAACAUUCUCGUGCGAAUGCUUGCCCCACUCUACUCGGACUUGAAACUGAUGGGCAAAUAUUUUGUGUUGCAAGCGGUGCUUAUACUUUGCCGGAUACAACCCCUCAUUAUAGCGGGUAUUGUGAGCAGCAGUAUUUCCGACUGUGUCUAUCCCAUCACACUGCAGGUGCAGAAAAAUGCUAUUUUUCAACUGUGUCUAUGCUUUGAGAUGAUGAUGCUAUCCUGCUGGGCGUCCGUACUUUACAAAUCGCCCUCCACCAUUGGACCAGGAUAGGCAACCGUUGGCGAAAGAGAACAUUGGAACCCUGUUCCUUGAAACAAGAAUAGCACGGCUACCUAGGCCGGUGUAAAAUUAUCUGUGUUUUAAUGUUUACGUGUGAUACUAAACCUGCCCUUUACCAUAGCCAAAACCGCCAAACGCCUGGGAGGAUGUUGCUUUUGUAGAAUCAGGCGGAGCCAUUCUUUCAUUACAUCGUCCCAAACGAACGUGUUGUGCCUGGCGGGCUAUGUAAGGGUGUGUAUUUCGAUGGAAAUCUUACAGAACGAACUAAAUAGAAAGAAUAGAAUUUCAACCAA